AUGGCCGCCAACAUUACCGAGUCAUGGGCUCUUCCCCAUGGGUCCCUCUCCACAGCCGAUGAUAGAUCAAUUCCAUGGCUCUUGACGGCUCCGGCUCUCAUCAUCGGGAGCUACUUCCUCUCCUUCGCCUGGUCUCAUGUCUUUGGUUACAAAGUCCCCGUGUUUGGCGUGAACACACUCUGGGAGCCCAUCAUGGUGUCAAACUAUAGGUUCUUCCGGCGUGCGGAAGAAGUCUUGGCUGAGGGGUAUCGUGCAUGCACGGACAAGAUUUUUCAGUUUCGCCGCGCUGACACGGAUAUGCUCGUGUUGCCUCCCAAGUAUGUUGACGACAUUCGCAAGUUGCCGAAUCAUGUUGCUAGCCCGACGGUUGCACAUGUUCACAACUUGAUGGGCUCGUCGACAAAUAUGCACAUUAUCCUGCGCAGCAAUUUGCACUUUCGUACAUUGCAGCUUAAACUUACUCCCAACCUGAAUGCUCUCACGAGGCCCAUGCAGGAUGAGGUCAACUUUGCCAUUGAGCAGGAACUUACGAAGUCAGAGGACGAGUGGGUGACAAUCAAGCCUUACCACACAGUACUGGAUUUUGUCGCGCGUGUCAGUGCAAGAAUCUUCCUUGGCAAACCACUCUGCCGCAAUCCAGAAUGGCUAGAGGUCUCAACCCAAUUCACAGAAAAUGUCUUCGUUUCCCUCGUCUUCCUUCGACUAUUCCCCAUGUGGACCCACGGAAUCCUCAACUGGCUCAUGCCCUCUUCCUACAGAGGCACAGCCUACGUCCGAAAAGCAAAGAAGCUCCUCGUUCCCGAGAUCCUGCGAAGAAGAGAGCAAGAAGCGCAAGGAAUCGAAGAAAAAGAAGAAAACAAACUCAACCUCCUAUCAUGGAUGAUGGAAAUCGCCACCCCAGAAGAAAGCGACCCCUCAUCCCUCGCCCACCUCGAAGUCGUCAUGUCCCUCGCCUCAAUCCACACAUCGCAAAUGAACGCAGUCCACGUCCUCUACGACCUCCUCGCCCACCCCGAAUUCCUCGAGCCCAUCCGCUCCGAGAUCCGCUCCGUGAUCGCCGAAAUGGGCCCCUGGAUGUCCUGGGAGAAGCCCGCAUUCUCCAAGCUCCGCAAACUGGACUCCUUCAUGCGUGAAUCCCAGCGCUUCAACCCGCCAACCCUUCUCUCCAUGCACCGCGUAAUCCUCGAGGAGACAGUAUUAUCGGAUGGGACCGUUUUGCCCAAGGGCGCCCAUGUCAGCAUGGCAGUCAACGCUAUCCAGAACGACCCCGACGUGACCCCCGAGCCGGAGGUGUUUGAUGGGCUCCGGUACUACAAGCUGCGCCAGCGAGAGGGCGAGUCUCAUCUUCAUCAGUUCUCGACGACGCAGGACCGCAUUCUGAACUUUGGACAUGGUGCUAAUGCGUGCCCGGGUCGCUUCUUUGCUAGUCUUGAGAUCAAGGUUAUUCUUGUGAGGCUGUUGAUGGAUUAUGAAUUUAAGUUCAAGCAUGGUAAUGAGCGGCCUGAGAAUCUGCGUGCUCAUGAGUUUAUCUUCCCUAAUCCGGAUGCGGAGAUUUUGAUGCGUCGGCGUCCGGCUUCUGAGCGGCUUGAACUGUGA